GGUAUCACCCGCGCCAGUGCCGCCAAUCUUAAGCUAACCUACAAGUGACAGGUGCUCAGCUGACGGAUCUUCGUUGGAUUCUGAAUUCUGUUACUUUCAAGACGGAAACGUGAUAAUAAUAUCGUAUUAGUUAAUUUUCUCGAUACGCAAGGAAUGAUGAUGCAAUGGUUUCGGCGAUAAUCUCAUGUUCGUGAUCGUGACGUGAACAUAACCUCAACAUGCUGUCCGAGGUUGACGUGUUUAUCAGCAAUUAUACGCUGGUCGAUCCUGAUAUCUAUCAGCUUUGGGUCGACGGGCAUACUUCCAGCGAUGCGGUCAACGUUCUACAUCAGCGAGGAAUCUGUCAGCAGACUAACGCGCCACUCGAGCUGGUCGCAUCCGACAUCCUCGACCACUAUCGCACCUACUCUCUGCUCGAGAAACUGCUUCACACUCCUCCGAAACUCGCCAGCGAACAGCUGGCCUUUCAGAUUGAGCCGCAGACCAGUCAAAUGCUCAUAGAAAUGUAUUACGAAUUUGACGAUGUUGUUAUACGCGAGUUAUUGGGAAAAAAGAUUACGUCCAAGAGUAGAAAGGAUAUGGACGAGGUAGCGGAAAAGACAGGGAUCACGUUGAAAAGUUGUAGAAGACAGUACGACAACGUGAAAAGGGUGUUUAAAACUGUGGAGGAUUUGCCAGGUUCUCUCGCAACCAAUAUCAAGCAACAUUUUUUACUUUCUGAGGACCUCGCUAAGCGAUACGCCGCAGUGGUGUUUAUAGCGUGCCUGCGAUUUGAAAUGAAUAAGAGGAAAUUGCAGUUUUUAACGUUUCCCGAUCUAUAUCAUUGUGCGAACAGUAUGAUGGCUUCAUGGACGUAUCGUUGUGUCGGAUCUGAAUACUUUGACACUGACUUAGACAGGGAGUUCUUACAGGAAUUAUCGGAAUGCAGGAUUCUUUUAGAAAAUGAUAAACAUCACAAACAUUUAGUAUGCCUUAAACUCAAACCAAUGCUUCUCGAUCGAUCCUAUCAAGAACUGGACUUAAAUUUCCGUUCGUAUUCGAGAGCGAUACUCGGAAUUGGAUGCAACUUGCACAGAUCACGAGAAUUGAGAUUCUUCUUUUUGGAACUGGUGGAGAGAUGUAUCGAACCUUGGCGACAAGUCAAUUGGACACACUCUGACCUACGAAAUUUCUUAUCUGUCUAUACACAGUGCGCUCUUGAUAUGGAUGUACUUAGAGAAGGAGAAUUGAGAGAUGCGUUUGAACGUUAUAUGACAGUAGUGACGUGCUGCCUAUUACUGCUUUCUUCCGGUGGCCUUGUCGAAUUGCCGAAAUUGCGUUUAAGACACUGCCCAGCAACACCAGGAUGCCGGGUGCUGGACGAUGAUUCACAUGCAGGAUGCGAUGCCGCGAGAAGCGCGAGAUGAAGUUGGACGAGCACA